UUUCAAUAAAUAAUUGAGUUUAAGUUUAUUGAUUAUGUCGACCGCAGCUAUGUCUUUUCAUUUCGUUUCAAGUCUGACAACAUACCUGGAAUUAAGUGAAAAUUAUCAACAGGCUCAUUGGGCUCAUUGAGAGAUAGUUCACUUUGAGAGUACUGCAGUAGAUUUCAAUGGGAUCAGCAGUGUCAUGCACCAGCAACUCCAAAGUUACUGAAUCAGAAUUCGAAAAGCACAGUACAUCUGAGAAAAUGGAAGACAGUUCAGAAAUAAACUCGCAUCCACCUCAAUCUCCACCAUUGAAUAACAUUGAUACUCAUCCUCCUCAAGCCCCAGGUGCUAUAGUGGCACUGGACAAUGAAAGUGAAAAAUCAAAAACUGAACAGGACUCUAGAGGAAUUGAAAAAGAAAAGAAAUUAGAUGAUGAUGAUAAAGAUGCAGGAACAGAGAAAAAUCAAGAAAAUGCAAAGACUCAGGGUGGAGAAAAGGUUGCUGAAUUGGAACUAAUGACUGAUGAAGAGAUUGCAGAAUUUAAACAGAAAUCAUUUGAUUAUCUAAGAAGUAGAGCAAAUGAAGUUGUCGCACUUAAAACUCGACAAGCAGAAGGUGGAGAAUAUGUUGUAAAGAUUAGAAAUUGUAUAAGGAAAUUUGAUGAGAGUUUUAGUGCCCUAAGAAGAACAGUGUUAGAAGAAAUAAUCAAAUUCAGAGAGGAUAUUGCAAAAAUUAUGAUUGAAACUAAGUUUUUUAAUUUGAGCUGUGAAAUCAUUAUGAACACAUACAAGAAUGGAUGGCAAUUAGAAGAUGGAAAACAGAAUGAUAAGAAAUAUAUUCCUCUUUUAGAAAGCAUUUUAAAUCUGGUGAAUUUUAGUGAUGGCUCGGAUGAAUUAGCUAUUGCCGCGGCAAAUGAACCUGGGUUUGUAGAGUUGAUAAAACAGAUCCUAGAAGACACACAGCAGAGGCAUUUAGGAAAAGUUGAACCGCCACUAAAACAAAGUGAGGAAGGGUUAGUGGAUUCUUCGCUUGGUCUGAUUCACAACAUGUCAAUGAGAGAGUCAAAUAUUGCUCGAUUACGCGAUUUGGACAUGAUCAGAUCAUUACAGCCUUUCCUCAGUUCGUCAAAUGAUAUGUUAGCUUUGACCGCAUUGGCUAGUCUAGCAGGUAUUAUCAAUGAGGAAGAAUGUGAAAUUAUAAAUGGUCAUAAGAAUACUGUGGAGAUACUGUUAGAUUAUUUUAGGGAAAGUUUGAAAGACGAGAUGCGAAGGUGUAGUGAGGGAUGGUCUGCCAAAGAAUGUGGGUUCACUGUUAGAAUGUUGGCAAGGAAUGAUGCAAACAUGAAGACACUAGUAAAUCUUGGAUCUCUGGAGCUACUUGUGGAGUUGGGAAGAACUGGGGAUCAGGCUGAACAGAAUGAGAGUGUUGCAGCACUUUGGGCGUUGUGUUUUGAUGAAGAUAACCAGUCACUGAUUACGGGAAAAGUGGAACUUGGUGUUGUAGAUUUACUAGUAGAUUUAAAGCACUCCGAAAAUGAUAGUAUUAAGAAAUCAUGCAAUGGUGCAUUGUGGACAUUGAGAGAUGCAUUAAAGAUUACAGUUUGUGAAAAAUACAAGAAAAUUGGUGAAGAGUUGGAUUCAAGUGAAGUAAAUAAACGAAGACGUAAGAACAAAGCAGUGGAUGAAAAAGCAGUAUCAAGUAAAGGAAAUGUAAUGAUUUCAUACCAGUGGAAUGAUCAACAAGUGCUGAAAAUUAUACGAGAAAACAUCAAAGCUAGAGGAUAUGAGGUGUGGAUGGAUAUUUACCAGAUGGGUGGGUCCACUCUUCAGGCCAUGGCUGAUGGUGUUGAAGGUGCUGACGUGUUCCUCAUGUGUAUGUCUAACAAAUACAAGCAUAGCCCAGCUUGUAGAGCUGAGGCAGAAUAUGCUUUCCAGCUUUGCAAGAAAAUCAUUCCACUGAAGAUGGAACGUGGUUACAUUCCGGAUGGUUGGCUAGGAUUUAUAGUUGGCACUAAGUUAUUCUUUGAGUUUAGCCCAAAAUAUCCAUUUGAAGACAAGAUGAAAGCAUUGCUCAAAGAACUAAGUCAGGUCCUUGGUGAAACGGCAGACACGCCUGAUUCAGGGGAGAUAAUCAGACUGCAAACUGCAGUAAUUGCCCAGCCAGCUGGAGCACAUGUAGUGGAAUAUCCAGACACUGCCUCCUCUUUGAGUGGAACAGUUGCUAGGAUAACUGUUUCCAAAACAACCAUUGAUAAUGUGAGAAAAUGGUCCAACACUGAUGUAAAAAACUGGAUUGAGAGGAAUAGUUUGCAAACAUGUGGCAUGAGUACCCUGACAGGGGGAGAGAUAUCACUUUUAGCAAGUAUGCGUGUGGAGUGCCCAGAGCUCCUCUACACAUGCUUACAAGAUAUGCUCAAAGUGAAAGACUUGCUUACAAUGUCCAAGAUAGUUUGGGCUUUACAUGAUCUGUCUUAGAAAAUAGUUCACUACUGACCUUUCCUAGCCAAUGUGAGACUUAAGACAAAGUUAGCGCGGACAGACCAGCUCGGUUCAGACACUAAAAUUUUACUAAUGCACAAGACUUAGCUUAGUUGAUUGUGUGCUGGUGCACUAUGUAUCUGGGAAAGCUUUUGAAAAUAUGUUAACUUUUUACUUAUUUACAAACAUCUCUGAAUGAUGUAGCCAAACUGAUGGUAUGCAAAUGCACAACGUACCAAGGAAACUAAUUCACAAGCUAGGUCUCUGAAUGAAAUAGCCUAGUCGAUUGUAUGCUGGUGUACUAUGUAACAGGGAAAGAUUUGAGAACAUGGUAUCUUUAGCACUGUCUAAUUUAACUAACUUACAAGCAAGUUGGCGUAGUGAAUGGUUAUUGACAUUGUGAAGUCUGUUUUAUGGAACGUCUAGACUGUUUUAUGUUUAGAAUGACUGAUAUGCCUGGUUAAAUGUCGUUCUGUUGGGUCCGAGAUACAUUAUGCUGAGUGGAAAUCUCAAUAUGUCCAGUUAUUGAAGUUCUAUAGGAUAUAGGAUAUCUUGCAAAAUUCGUAUGUCAAUAAUUUUUUAGCAUUGGUCAAUUUCUCAGCACACUUCUUUUAUCACAACUGAACAUAAUUAAUAUAAAACCCAAGAGCAUAUCAUUGCAUCUGAAAGUAAUGUGAGUACUACUCAAUAAUACACGGUCUCAGCUAAACAUAAUGAUAGUACCACUCAACUGUUUAUUCUAAUAGUUGAACAUAAUGACUUUAGCGCCAAACAGCAUAUUGUUAUAACUGUACAUAAUAAUGUAAUACCCCACAGUGCAUCUUUUUAACUGAAAAUAAUUUUGUUACCACAUGCCUGAACCUGUCUCAACAGAACGAAAUUUAACCAGGCAUAUCAGUCAUUCUCAACAUAAGACAGUUCUAGGCGUUCCAUACUGUUUGAUCGUAUAUGGAUGGCUCUAAAGUAUUAAUAUUUUGUGAAAAUAUGAUAUUUUCAUACAUAAAAAGCUCAUAUUUUAUAUUGAUCAGCAAAAGAUAAUAUCUUUGAACAUGACAAAUGAUCAUUUUGAUGUAUUUUUUGCAUUAAUUUGUAAAACUUUUUAUCUAUCAUCUCAAUCGAAAUUUGUUAAUGUUAAUAAUUUGUAAAAAGUGGACCAAAUGGUAAAUAAGUCGCUUAAUCAACAAGCAGGGGAAAGUAAUAUUUGGAUUCACGAUUGUUUAACACAAUGAUUUGUCAGAAAUUACUUAUUUAAGAGAUUUUUAAAUGAGGCUAAAUGUACCAAAAAUUGUUGUGGGGUGCUCUUAGAUUUACCUUUGUCUGUAUGCCAGUCUGUCCAUCCGUACAUUUGUCUGUUGGAAUUGUGUCAUAUAUAUCUAU